GUGUCUCGCGGAGCCUCGUGCUGGUUUGAUCGGUUUCUCGCGCAUACUGUCGUUCUGUAACAGAGGCCCCCCCACAUUUUGUCGGUUAAAUUAAUUCCCGGGACCUUUAUUUAUAUUCUUCAACUAACUUUUUUACUCAGAAACUGCAGAGAGGACCGGAUCCGGUCUGGAGGUAGGGGGUAUGAUCCGGGACACGGGUACAUUGUUAUAAAUAAUUGUAUUUAUAUUCAAUGCUGCUCAGAGCUUGAUUGUGACUGACUCGCUUUGAAAGAGAGGGAGAGAGAGGGAUAUCAUGGCCGCUCAGGUCGCCACUCUCAACACAAGCCCGCCCGCCGAACUUAAAAAGCCGGAUCGGGACCCACAGGAGGAGUCGGUACCAGGAGAGAAGCAGCAGGAAAAUAAGGAGUCGCGACCAGAUAGUGGAUCUCCGGGACAGAAAGAGCUGCAGGACGGGGCCGAUGUAGGAAAUGCAGGGGGAGGAGGGGAUCCUGACAUGAAGAACGGGAACGGGAAUUCGUCCAGGGUGAACAAUAAUAAUAACCAGAAUGAUUCCGGGGGACCUGAAGGUAACAACCAUCCCGGGAUGGCUCACCACCACUCGGGUCCUUUCCCUCCACCUCCUUACGGUUACCAGCACUACAACCGGGCCCCUUUUCAUCAACAUGGCGGACAACAAAGCCCUGGCAUGGCAGCUGCAGCGGGGCCGGCUGUGCAGCCGGGGAGCAUGAUAGACCCCUACCCGCCCAACUCACACGACCACGGCUUCCCUAACCACUAUAACAAUUACAGUCCAUUUCCGAAUCGGACACCGUAUCAGGGUCAAGGAUACGGCAUGAAUUCCCCGCGAAAUAACCAGCCUCCGCCGGCUGGGGGACAGUCAGCCAAGCAGCAGCAGCCACCAGGAGGAACUACAGCAAUGGUCGGUUCUUAUAAUAACCAGAGGUAUAACAUGGGAAACCCUCAGCCAACUUCAACCCCAACUUUAAAUCAGCUUCUGACUUCUCCAAGCCCCACAAGAACCUACCAGAAUUACCCACCAAAUGACUAUAACAAUCAGGAUGGGGCUAACAAGGGACCAGGGGACAUGGGCAGCAGUAAUCAGUAUGGUGGGGGCCAUCCGGGUUGGCAACAAAGAAGCCAUCAUCCACCCCCCAUGAGCCCGGGAAACACUGGACAACCACUCAACAGAAAUCAGCCUCCGAGCCCAAUGGACCAGGUGGGCAAGAUCCGGGGCCAGCAUUAUGGAGCAGGAAACCCCUACUCCCAGCCUCAAGGGCCUCCUCCAGGGGCCCAGCAAGGCCCUCCGUACCCCGGGCAGGGAUAUGGCCCACCAGGGCCGCAGAGGUACCCCAUCGCCUUGCAGGGGCGUACCCCUGGAGGUAUGGGGGCCAUGCAGUAUGGACAGCAGAUGGGUUACGGACAGCAUGGCCCGGGAGGUUAUAGCCAGAGCCAGGGGUCCUACUAUGGCCAGCAGGGCCCUCCUCCUCACGGCGGCCCCCAGCAGUCUCCAUACCCCCAGCAGCACCCCAGUGGCCCUGGAUCGCAGCAUCCGUACUCUCAGCCGCCUCCUGGUCCACCCCAUGCUCAGGGCGGCCCCCCUUAUGGCCAGCCCCAGGGACCUCCUCAAGGCCCUGGGCAGGGCCAGCCUCCAUACUCCCAGGCACCGCAUUCCCAGGCUAGCCAGUCGCCGUACCCCCAGUCCCAGGCUCAGUCCCAGCCGCAGGGCCCACCUCAGACCAGCCAUGGUCCCCAACCGCAGCCUGGAUACCCCCAGCCCCCGUCCGGCCCGGGGCAGACGCCCCAGCAGCAGCCCCCCUCUCAGCCACCCCAGCAGGGCCAGCCUCAGCAGCAGCAGGCCAGCACGGUGCAGCCUCAGCAGUCCCAGCAGCCCCCGGGGCAUGGAGCAGCCCCGCAGGGCCAACCCUCGCCAUACCCCCAGACUCCACCACUGCAGACACAGCAGCAGUCACCCUACCAGCGCUUCCCGCCUCCCCCACAGGAGCUGUCCCAGGACUCGUUCAGUUCUCAAGCUUCUGCGCCGUCAUCUAACCAGCCCAUGUCCUCCAGUAAGAGUGGUACGGAGGACGGCAUGCCGGGACGGCCCUCCAGCCUGCCAGAUCUGGGUUCUAUUGACGACCUGCCCACGGGCGCGGAGGGCGCGCUGAGUCCAGGCGUCAGCACGUCGGGCGUGUCCAGCAGUCAGGGCGAACAGAGUAACCCGGCCCAGUCGCCCUUCUCCCCCCACACGUCACCCCACAUGCCGGGCCUCCGUGGGCCCUCCCCCUCACCUGUGGGCUCGCCUGCCAGUGCCACGCCCUCUCGCACCGGGCCCCUCUCCCCCGCUGCUGUACCAGGUAACCAGAUACCCCCCAGACCUUCCAGUGUUCAGUCAGAUGGAAUUCUGCAUUCUUCCAUGAACCAGUCAGCCAUGGGCCAGGACCGAGUGUACAUGAGGAACCCUCAGAUGCCUGCAUAUGGUUCUCCUCAGCCUGCCUCAGCCUUAUCACCACGUCAGUCAUCUGGAGGCCAGAUGCAUUCUGGGAUGGGCCCAUAUCCUCAGAACAACUCUAUGGGCAACUAUGGACCACAGGGAGGGCAGUAUGGCCCUCAAGGUUACCCACGGCAAGCAGGCUAUGGCACCAUGCCCAGCUCUAACUACGCUGGCGCACCAGGCAUGGGUGCCACCAUGAACACCAUGGCAGGGCAAGGAGGAGGGGGUCCGUAUGGAGGGAUUCCCCCUGGGCGCAUGGGUCCAGGGCAGAUGGGCACCAGGCCCUACGGCCCUGGCAUGGGUCCCAACAUGGGCGGCAUGCCCCCCCAGGUGGCCUCGGGCAUGUGCCCUCCACCUGGCAUGAACCGAAAGCCCCAAGAUCCAGCCGUGGCAGGAAUGCAUCACGCCCCUCCCAACUCCAUACACAGGCCGCCUGGUUAUCCGAACAUGGGACAGGGAAUUAUGGGAUCGGGCUCUCCAUAUGCCCCGCCCAUGAACAGCAUGCAGGGAAUGAUGACCCAGGCUGGGCCCUACCCCAUGGGCUCCAACAUGGCUAACAACGCUGCAGUUCCAGGUAUGGCUCCCAGCCCAGAAUUUGGCAUGGAUAAGCUAAACCAAGCUCAGAAGAUGAAUAACAAAGUCGAUGGGACCCCUAAGACUGAAUCGAAAAAGAAGUCGAACUCCUCCACCACCACUAACGAGAAGAUCACACGGCUCUAUGAGCUCGGCCCGGAGCCGGAGAGGAAGCUUUGGGUGGACCGCUACCUGGCCUUCGCCGAGGAGAAGGCCAUGGGCAUGAGCAACCUGCCCGCCGUGGGCCGCAAGCCUCUCGACCUCUUCCGCCUCUACGUGUCCGUCAAGGAGAUCGGUGGCCUGACGCAGGUAAAUAAGAACAAAAAGUGGAGGGAGCUGGCUACGAACCUCAACGUUGGCACGUCCAGCAGUGCCGCCAGCUCUCUGAAGAAGCAGUACAUCCAGUGUCUGUAUGCUUUUGAGUGCAAGAUUGAGCGUGGCGAAGACCCGCCGCCUGACAUUUUCUCCAACGACCCCAAAAAGAACCAGGCCAAGAUCCAGCCCCCCUCUCCAGCGGGAUCUGGGUCUCUACAGGGCCCUCAGACUCCCCAGUCAACAAGCAGCUCCAUGGCUGAAGGAGGCGACCUGAAGCCUCCCACCCCUGCGUCCACACCCCACAGCCAGAUGACCCCUUUGCCUGGCGUAAGGAGCAGUGUGAAUCUUCAGGACCCCUUUACUGAUGGCGGGGACCCUACCUUUCCUAGACGGAACUCUAUGACGCCCAAUUCCAGCUACCAGCCUGGCAUGAGUGGUCCACCACCUGAUAUAAUGGCUCGCAUGGGGCCUUAUGAACCCAGUAAAGAUCCUUUCAGUGGCAUGAGGAAAGCUCCUGAACAGUUUAUGACUCCAGGACAAGGCCCCAACAGUGGCAUAGGGGAGCAGUAUAACCGAGGCCCCCCGGGACCUAUGGCCAAUAUGCAGAUGGGCCAGAGACAGCAGUAUCCAGGAUAUGGACCAGGAUAUGACAGAAGACAAGAGCCAGCCAUAGGUCCAGAUGGCAGCAUGGGUCCUGGUGCUCCACAGCCCAACAUGAUGGCUUCCAGUGCUGACACGGGGAUGUACUCGCCCAACCGGUCGCAGCAGCAGCAGCAAAGGCAUGAUUCCUAUGGUAAUCAGUACCCUGGCCAAAGUGCUCCCCCUGGUGGACCAUACCCAAAUCAGCAGCCAGGAAUGUACCCACAGCAACAGCCGAAUUUCACACAGAAGAGACCUGUAGACGGUGGUUAUGGCCCCCCACCAAAGCGUCAUGAGGGGGAGAUUUAUCCAUUCAGUGGGCAGCAGCAGCAGGGUCCUCAGCCUGCCAGUGGCCCUCAGUCCCAGCAGGACAUGUACAACCAGUACAACACGUACCCUGGUCCAGAUCGGCGCCCACCUGGCCCACAGAGUCAGUUCCCCUUCACUUUCAGCCGGGACAGGGGCCCUAAUGCUGGGGGCCCUAACUCCCAGUCCUCCAUGCCACCGCAGAUGAUGGGCAGCCCUAUGCCGUCUGUUCCCGACGGGCCCCAGGGUCCUGUGUGGCAAGGCCGCAAUGACAUGAACUACCCUAACUACCCCAGCCGGUCGGGCCCCCCCGGGGUUCCUGCUCAAGCUCCAGGUUACCAUGGCAUAAAUCGCUCAGAAGACAUGAUGCCUUCAGACCAGCGAAUGAACCAUGAAGGCCCCUGGCCUGGCCACGUCACCCAGCGCCAGCCCUCCUAUGGGCCUGGAGGUGCUGGUCCACCUAUGUCCAGAACGCUGCAGUCCAACUAUCAGUCCCCUCAGAACCACAUUCCACAGGUGUCCAGCCCGACGCCAAUGCCAAGGCCCGUGGAGAACAGGACAUCGCCUAGCAAGUCCCCCUACAUGCACUCGGGGAUGAAGAUCCAGAAAGCAGGGCCUCCAGUCCCAGCCUCGCACAUAGCCCCGCCCACAUCGCAGCCUCCCCUCAUAAGGAGAGAUGUAGCCUUCCCACAAGGCUCUGUGGAAGCUACCCAGCCCAUCCUCAAACCACGUCGCCGACUCACGAUGAAAGAUAUCGGAACGCCAGAAGCCUGGAGAGUCAUGAUGUCCCUCAAGUCAGGCUUGUUAGCUGAGAGCACCUGGGCCUUGGACACCAUCAAUAUUCUCCUCUACGAUGACAACAGCAUUUCCACCUUCAGUCUGUGUCAGCUUCCUGGUUUCCUUGAGCUGAUAGUGGAAUACUUUCGUAAAUGCCUCAUUGAGAUCUUUGGCAUCUUGAAAGAAUACGAGGUGGGAGAUCCCGGACAGCGCACGUUGAUGGAUCCAGAUGCUGUUGACCCAGAGAUGUCCGAUGAAGAAUGCUCAGAGGUAGAGCAGAUGGACGAGGAGGAUGAGGAGGAUGAGGAGGACGAGGAGGUGGAUCAGACAUCCCAGAUCCAGGUCAAGAAGGAGAAAGAUGAGCCUGUGCAGGGCCAGAAAUCCACUGAGAAGCUUGAAGAAGAAAAGGAAGGUGAGCCAAGGUCACCUACUCCAUUGCAGGACAUCAGUACACCCCAGGAGAAACCGAAACAAGCUAGCAAGUUUGACAAACUUCCUAUCAAGGUGGUACGGAAGAAGGACCUAUUUGUCAUUGGGCGCACGAGCAAACUGGGCCGGCGACAGGCGUUCGACAGCGGCCUGGUCCACUGGAGCGUUGGCGGAGGUGACACUACGGAGCACAUCCAGACCCACUUCGAGAGCAAGUUGAAGCUACACAAAUCCUAUAAACAGGUGCCUGUCAGUGCGGCGCCCCGGAAGAAGGCGCCUCCCGUAACGCAGGCUGUGGCUGAAGACACGGAGAAGGCUCAGUUGAGUGUGCAGUGGCAGCAGGAGCAGCAGCCCGGGUCCCAGCAUCGUCGUUGCUCGGACCAGCCGUCAGAGGACAGGAACACAGCCAGUGCCAGCGCCUCCUCCAGCAUCACAGCCACCAUCGACGAUGUGCUUUCGGCCCGGCCCGGCUCCGUGACAGAAGAAGCCGUGCGGGGUAGCACCGAGAGCGACGAGAAGAGCAAGUUCCUCUUGGGUGUGGAUCUGGCACAUCAGAGCGGCAGCGUGAAGAUCCUGGAGGACGAGCCACACAGCAAGGACGAGACGCCACUGUGCACCAUGUCUGACUGGCAGGACACCCUUGCUCGCCGCUGCAUCUGCGUCUCCAACAUCGUCCGCAGCUUGUCCUUCAUCCCCGGCAACGACCACGAGAUGUCCAAGCACCCAGGCCUGCUGCUGAUCCUGGGCCGCCUGGUGCUGCUACACCACAGACACCCUGAGCGCAAACAGGCACCCGUCACUUAUGAAAAGGAGGAGGAGGAGGAUGAAGGGGUCAGCUGCGAGCGUGAUGAGUGGUGGUGGGACUGUCUGGAGGUGCUGCGUGAAAACUGCCUGGUCACCUUGGCAAACAUCUCAGGCCAGCUGGACCUCUCGAUCUACCCUGAGAGCAUCUGCCUGCCCCUGCUGGAUGGCCUCCUCCACUGGGCUGUGUGCCCCUCGGCCGAAGCCAUCGACCCUUUCCCCUCGCUGGGGCUUAACGGAACACUGUCCCCCCAGAGACUGGUCCUUGAGACCCUCAGCAAGCUCAGCAUCCAGGACAACAACGUCGACCUCAUUCUAGCCACGCCCCCUUUUAGCCGCCUGGAGAAGCUCUAUGGCUCGCUGGUACGUCUGGUUGGCGACCGCAAGGUGCCAGUGUGCCGGGAGAUGGCAGUGGUGCUACUAGCCAACCUGGCUCAGGGCGACAGCCUGGCAGCCCGGGCCAUCGCCGUGCAGAAGAGCAGCGUGGGAAACCUGCUGGGCUUUCUGGAGGACAGUCUAGCAGCCACACAAUUCCAGCAGAGCCAGGGCUCGCUGCUACAGAUGCAGGGGGCGCACUUUGAGCCCACUAGCGUGGACAUGAUGCGGCGAGCUGCUCGUGCUCUGCAUGCCCUAGCCAAGGUGGAGGAAAACCACUCGGAGUUCACGUUGUACGAGUCACGGCUACUGGACGUCUCUGUAUCCCCCCUCAUGAACUUGCUGGUAUCCCAAGUGAUCUGUGACGUACUGUUUCUGAUUGGCCAGUCAUGACAGCUGUGGGGUGGCUCAUUGUCCUCCACAUCCAUUUCCUUUCUUUUUUUUCCCCAAAAAUCUAAAAAUCUGCGUGUGAGUGGAGGAAAUAUAAUGACAUGAAUGACUUAACGGUAUGCCCCCUUUUUGUUUAGGUUUUUUUUUUUUUUGUUUUUUUUGUUUUUUUUUCUUAAAAAAAAUUAAUUUAUGCAAAAUCACCUCAGAUUCCACUGUCUCUCCUUUCUACCUUUGCUUCUCUCUGAAGGAAGGAUUUCAUGAAGUCGUAAUGGAUUUAACACAUGGAUAAAACGGAGAGACCAACAUGGAUGAACGACUUGAAACCCUAGCCUGCGAGAGCGCGCUGCCCUUUGGGAAGGACUUUUUUUAAUUAAACAAAAAUGUAGAUUUAAAAAAGAAACAAA